GACUGCAGACCUAUUACAGGAGACAGUCAGAGACUGCGUAUAUGGCACAAGAGAUGGUCAAAGACCACAGACGUGGCACAAGAAAUGGUCUGCGGACAUGGUACAACAGAUGGGCAGAGACUGCAGGCAUACUACAGGAGAUGGUCAGAGACUGCGCACAUAGUACAGGAGAUGGUCAGAGACUGCAGGCCAUACUACAGGAGAUGGUCAGAGACUGCAGGCAUACUACAGGAGAUGGUCAGAGACUGCGCACAUAGUACAGGAGAUGGUCAGAGACUGCAGGCCAUACUACAGGAGAUGGUCAGAGACUGCACACAUAGUACAGGAGAUGGUCAGAGACUGCAGGCCAUACUACAGGAGAUGGUCAGAGACUGCAGGCAUACUACAGGAGAUGACCAGAGACUGCGGACAUAGUACAGGAGAUGACCAGAGACUGCGGACAUAGUACAGGAGAUGAUCAGAGACUGCGGACAUAAUACAGGAGAUGGUCA